UUUUUUUUUUCUCCCGAUAUAUUUCUUUUCUGUUUUUUUUUUUUUUUUUAAAGCGGUGGACAGAGUGAGGGAAAGAGAGACAGAAACAGGGAGGAGAGGAGGAAAACGCUCUGUUCGUCCCCUCCGCCGCCACCACCACCCCGACUUGCGGAGAGGGGUCGGGCCGAGCGGCAGUGGGAUCAGCCCCUUUCCCCUGGGGAGGCGACCCCGGCUCGGGGAGCCGCCGGAGACAGCCGCCGCGAAGAGGGGGCGCAGGAAAAGAGAUGCAUUGAAAGUUUCCGCGCAAACUUUGGCGUGAGUGCGCGAAACCGAGCGAGCGCGGCGCGGGUGCCUGCCUGCCCCGACGCGGGGAGAGCGGCCGCGGACGGGCGCCGCUGUGGAGCUCGGACUGCCCGGCGGCGGGGGCCGGGCGUCGGCGGGGCGGCCGCGGAGCCUGCGCUCGGCCCGGCGGAGCGCCCACGGAAACCAGCAGCGGGGGCCGGCGGAGAGCCGGGCUUAUGGAGGGGUGAAACCGGAGACCCCGAAGAGGAACCCCCCUUCCCCCGGAACCUUUCGCAGCGCCCGGCCGGCGGCACCCCAGGAGGCGGCGGCGGCGGGCACGGAGGAGGCGCGGGCGAGAGCGCGGCGGGGCGGCGGCGGCGGCGGGGCGGCGGCGGCGAGGCGGAGCGCGGCGGGCCCCGCUCCGCGGCGUGCGCCGGCAACCAUGAACUUUCUGCUCACUUGGAUCCACUGGGGGCUGGCGGCGCUGCUCUAUCUCCAGAGCGCGGAGUUGUCGAAAGCUGCGCCUGCCCUAGGGGACGGGGAGCGGAAACCCAAUGAAGUUAUCAAAUUCCUGGAAGUCUACGAGCGCAGCUUCUGCAGGACAAUUGAGACCCUGGUGGACAUUUUCCAGGAGUACCCCGAUGAGGUGGAGUACAUAUUCAAGCCAUCCUGUGUGCCUCUGAUGAGAUGUGCGGGUUGCUGCGGCGAUGAGGGCCUAGAAUGUGUCCCUGUGGAUGUGUACAACGUCACGAUGGAGAUCAUGAGAAUUAAACCCCAUCAGAGUCAGCACAUAUCACACAUGAGCUUCUUACAGCACAGUAAAUGUGACUGCAGACCAAAGAAAGAUGUCAAAAACAAACAAGAAAAAAAAUCAAAGCGAGGAAAGGGGAAGGGUCAAAAGAGAAAGCGCAAGAAAGGCCGGUACAAACCACUCAGCUUUCACUGUGAGCCUUGCUCAGAGAGGAGAAAGCACUUGUUUGUACAAGAUCCCCAGACCUGUAAAUGUUCCUGCAAAUUCACAGACUCACGUUGCAAGUCGAGGCAGCUUGAGUUAAACGAGCGCACUUGCAGAUGUGAAAAACCGAGACGGUGAGCAGCCGAAAAGAAGGGGGAACAGCCCUGUUUCUGGAGCCUGAUUUCUCGCCUGGACAGAAAAAAAACAAAACAAAACACUAAUCCAAAUGAACCCUAAAAAUGAAGGAUCGGUAGAGCACAGCACUUUCAGUACGGACGAUGGACUCCGGAAGGAACAUUCCCCAAGGCACCCGCCGCACAGAAUUCACCUUUGGGUUUUGAACUGUUUUAUUUUAUUUUUCUUUUCAUGCUGCUAAAUAACAGAGCCAGGAAGACUUAUAGGGGUGUAUCUGAUGGGUUUUCCCAUGCAUACAUAUAUAUGUGUGUAUACAUGCAUAUACAUAUAUAUAUAUGUAUAUAUAUUUUAACCACAUCUAUAUAUACAUAUAUGUAUAUCUUAACCACACACACACACACAUAUAUAUAUAAUAUAUAUAUAUACUGAUUAUUUUUUUUAACAUUGCUAAUGUUAUUGGUGUCUUCACUGGAUAAUACUCGACUGCUGUGGACACAAGCGGGCUACUUGGGGCAUAAGAAACAAGCUAAGACUGGACUGAGUAGAAGCGCUGGGUGUAAACUUCUUAACUCUAACUGACUUGUGCGGCCUCCGCUGUUUCUCUGUAGAGUGUGCUGUACCACAAACCACCUUCUCCUUGCCUGGGACAGGGAGGAGAGGUAAUGGAGAGGAUGGGCAGGGAGUUCCAAAGAGCGGCAUCCUAGGGUGCGAUGGGUCAAAGGCCAAGGAAAUGGCCGUCUCCGUGAUCAAGGAUUCCUCCUCCCCUCUUUUCCCCCAACCUUCGCCCUUACUCGUCUCAUAACCUGCCUGCCUUGCUAGGACAUGGGAUGUCAGUGUACAUUUUGCGUUGACUUUAUUCGCUAUAGAAACUUUGCCAGAGAGACAUGCUGUCUU